UGGUGGUUUCUGACAUAUACUAACAAGCACAAUCCUUCCACUUGCCACAUAGCAGAUAGACAGAGCUUCAGAAAUUCUCCUUGCUCUACUGAAGAUGGCAUUUACAGACUUUCUUGCUGCGUCUGAUAUUUCUUCUGCCAUCAAUGCUUGCAAAGCAAAAGAUUCCUUUAGCCCAAAGACGUUUUUUGCAACCCUCGGUCUAUCCAAGAAGUCUCCUUCUGAGAUAGAGAAGGUUUUUAAAAUGCUUGACCAAGACAAGAGUGGAUUUAUUGAGCAGGAUGAGCUACAAUUAUUUCUGCAGAAUUUCUCAAAGGGGGCACGGACUCUCACCGCAGCUGAGAUGAAGGCCUUCCUCGUGGCUGGAGAUAUGGAUGGGGAUGGAAAGAUUGGCUGGGAAGAAUUCUCAGCUCUUGUGAAUGAUUCUUGAGCCCACAUCUGCCAAACAACACUGGACAAAGAAACACUGCUGAAUGUUUACUUUGAAAUGGGAAAUUAAUAUUAAAUAUAUUAAAUAUAAAGUUGUAUUAAUAAUCAAUUUUCAAUAACAAUAUAUAAAAGGAAAUUAUCAUGUAUUUUGCUGCCUAUUUUACAAUGUCACUCUUGUGCUUGGUUUUGAAAAUCAAUAACAUGGUAAUAAAA